CGGUGGUUGUCGAGUGAACGCACGCUCGCUGCGACCCGCGUCAUAUACGCACGCGGAUUCGCGAUCGUUCUUUUUAGUGGAAAUUAUAGAAAAUUAAUAAAUUUAAUUGAUAAAUAGAGUAUGUAAAAUUUCCUGACAAAUUGUUAUCUCUAUAAAAAGUACAGACAAUUGUGAAGUGACAACUUUUUUGCAGUGCGCGCAAACACUCUCAGCGCGUAUUUGAAUGAGUCUUGUUCAAUAACGUGGACUAACAAUCAUACAGUGAAAGUUUGUUAUAAUUUUCUUCGAGUAGACAAAAGAAUUGCAACAAUGGACCACCUGUUCCGGCAACGGAGGCUUAGUGUGCCAAAAAGAACUAGCGAACUAAUAGCACUUGUAGCAGUAUCGUGUACACUCUUCUUAUUCCUGCACACCAGGGACUUGAACACAAAACUUCGACGCAUUCAAGGGAAGCUGAAUGAUGACGUCACCGCUUUUAACCAUCUCACAGAUCGGAUUCAGACAGAUCGCACAGAACAUGCAUACGCGUCGGCUCAGGAGUACAAAGAGGCGCUCGAGGCUCUGCGCAGGAACACCGGCGUUGAACGGAGUAAACCACAAAGAACUCUGGAAUCAGAGAUAGUGAGAUCAGAUGAAGCAUUGCAGGAAAUAACGGAAGAAAUCCUUCCCGAUCCAUGGGAGUUGAAUAACACGGCUCGAGCUGAUGUUGAGGUGCUAUUCUUCAAUAGGGUACCUAAAGUGGGCAGUCAAACCUUCAUGGAGCUCCUGAGGCGCCUCGCUAUAAGGAAUCAGUUUGGCUUCCACCGAGACACAGUACAGCGUGUAGAGACCAUUCGACUGGCGCCAGCAGACCAGCAGGUCCUCGCCACCUUGGUGUCCGCAUACAGUCCACCGGCUUCUUACGCCAAGCACGUGUGCUAUACGAACUUCACACGGUUUGGACUACCAUCACCAAUUUAUAUAAACGUAGUCCGCGAUCCUGUGGAACGUGUUAUCUCAUGGUAUUACUACGUGAGGGCUCCCUGGUAUUAUGUGGAGAGGAAAAGGGUGUUCCCAGACUUGCCUUUACCCGACCCUGCGUGGCUUAGAAAGGACUUCGAAACCUGUGUGCUAAGCGGUGACCGUGAAUGUCGCUACAUAGAAGGAGAGACCCACGAAGGUAUCGGAGACCAUCGACGACAGACCCUGUUCUUCUGUGGACAUGAGCCACAAUGCACGCCCUUCAAUACAGUGGAAGCUCUACAAAGGGCGAAACGUGUGGUGGAACAACAAUAUGCAGUCGUGGGUGUGCUCGAAGACAUGAACUCAACUCUACUGGCCCUCGAGCGAUACAUCCCUAAGUUCUUUAGAGGCGCGUGGCGGAUGUAUUGGGAGGAACUCCAUACAUUCAACCAAAUAAACCGCAACUCAUUCAAGCCGCCUGUCUCCGAGGAAGUGAAAAAUAUCGUCCGAGCUAAUUUCACACGAGAAAUUGAAUUUUACGAGUUCUGCAAGCAAAGGCUUCACAUGCAACUCAAAGCGCUAAGAGAUCCCACCAUUACCCUACCCUCGGCUCCUACGUCCAGUUUCGGGAGACGACAUUUGUACGACAGAUUAUAAAUAUUUUGUUUUAUCUGUGCUUUACUUCACCCAGUCACGACUCUGUUUAGUCUUUCAUUAGAUACAGCAUUAUGUACCUAUAGAUCUUUAUCCAAGUUUUAUCAUAAUUUGAAGUUCAAAAUAACGAUUUUGUAUAUGUAUUCUUUUGUAUAAUAAGGUCUGAAUUGUUAAGUUUAGAAAGUCUUUAAAAGUCUAUAAGUAUCCGAAUUUUGAAUUUCCACUAUAUAUAGCGACUAAUUAAUUUAUGUGGCUAAUUGUAUAUGAGAUAGUGAUGUCUUUUAAUUACUUAGGUAAAUGAAAAUGAAAUUUGUUCCUCAAUUUGAUUUAAAAGUUAAAGUUCUAGUUGUUGUCCAAAAGUAAUUAAAGAUUGUUAUAGAUAUAAUAAAUACCAAAUUCCUAUCUAUUAAAUUUGAGUAGAAAAUUGUAUUUUAAAUACAGACAUAUGAUAUUUAUGUAUCAAUAUAUUUUGUUAAAUAUUCAAAGCUUAGCAUGCUGUUGGAAUAAAUUCAUAUUAAAAGUGAAACGGUACUACGACCUCGUAGCAUUUUAAUUUUUAUUAUUUUUAAUAUUUUUUACGUCCUCUAUAUUAUCUAUGUUGUAAUAUAGUAAUAGCGAGACUAAAAUUAUGCUUUCUUAAAGCUAUAACUGGCACUUGGCAAUAUAAUUUUAGUAAAAUUUGAUUAAGGAAAUCUAAAUUAUGACUAAAUAUGAUUGUAAAUAUUAAUUUUAAGUUGUGAUAUAUUUAAGCGUGUGUUGUCAUCAUCUAACUAAAACAUUAGAUGAUAUAAAAAAAAAACACUAAACAUAACUUUUACAAAAGACGAAACAGUCGAGUUACGUAUCAUAAUUGUUUUAAUAUUAAUUGUAGCUAUUUAUUAAAUUGUUUAACUGAAUAUGUUGACUGAAUUCUCAAAAUCACAAAUUUCUUUUCUAUGACUGUUCAAUAUUUAUAUUCUGUAUUUAUCGUCCAAUAAUUGUGAUAUGUUUAGUCUGUUAAUUAUAUAAAAUAAGCUUUACGUAAAUAAUAAAGGAUUUACAAGUA